UGGAGAUCUUCAGUGUUGUUGAACAGUGCCAGAAUUUCUUCCUGGAUGGGACAACUCCAAAUCUCCCAGGUAUUUUGGUUGGUGGGACAGUCCAGAACCACUACAAGCUGAUUUGCCAGUUGUUCAGCAACAUCUACAGGUUUGCAACUCUCUACGACACGACCAACAGGAUCCCUGUUUUCUCAGCCUACACCUUCACUGGUAAUGUUGUUGGUAGCAAGAGACCAAAAAAUCAAACCUGGAUGAUCGAGCCCCAGCUCGAAAAUAUAAAGGACCGAGGUGAAAUGAAGCAGAGUGAACAUAGAAGUUUUAAACACCAGGCUAUGAACGCGGACUACUACAAAAACAACAUGAAUAUGGACAGAGGUCACCUUUUCCCAUGUUCGUAUGCGCCUUAUAAUGCUACCAAGAACUCCACUUUCACCCUGACGAACGCCGUUCCCCAGGCAAGAUCCUUCAACCGACGCAGUUGGAAGAGAAUGGAGUGCAGAGUCAGAAAAUAUAUUGUGGAGAACAGUACGGAUAACAACAACAAGAUAAAAGCCUAUGUGGUGACUGGAGCAGUUCCCAGCAACAACAACACACUGAACAACCGAGUGAACAUCCCAGAUCUCAUGUGGACAGCCUACUGCUGUUACAACAACAACCUGAAACAGUGGGUGGCCCAAGCACACUGGAGUAAGAACGUACAGGACACCAAGGGGAAAACAUUGAAACCGAUAACCUUGGGAGCACUCGAACGCAAGUUGAAGAACUUCUACAAUGACAAAGUCAAUGUGUUCGCAAAAAAAUGUCCAAGAACCGUUAUUCUGAGUGUAUUAGAGGACGAGACAGGGAGGAACAGAGAGAGAGUAGAACAGGAUGAGACAGGGAGGAACAGAGAGAGAGUAGAACAGGAUGAGACAGGGAGGAACAGAGAGAGAGUAGAACAGGGAGGAACAGAGAGAGUAGAACAGGAUGAGACAGGGAGGAACAGAGAGAGUAGAACAGGAUGAGACAGGGAGGAACAGAGAGAGUAGAACAGGAUGAGACAGGGAGGAACAGAGAGAGAGUAGAACAGGAUGAGACAGGGAGGAACAGAGAGAGUAGAACAGGAUGGACAGGGGAAAAGAGGGGCGGAGAGAGGAGCGGGGAGCCGAGCAUAAAGAUGGUGAAAGCAACAGGGGAAUGUGAUGAUGAGGAUGAUUGUGAUUGUGCCUGUGAUGAAAAGUGAUGAGUUUUGUCCAGUGGUAAUUCACACAACUAUUGAGAACACAUCCCCUACGUUACAAGGGUUAUAAGGGUUAAGUAAUAAGGGUUAUUAUCCAGGGUUAUAAGGGUUAAAUAAUAAGGGUUAUUAUCCAGGGUUAUAAGGGUUAAAUAAUAAGGGUUAUUAUCCAGGGUUAUAAGGGUUAUAAGGGUUAUAAUGGUUAUAAUUAAACAAGUUUAAGGGUUAUAAACGGUAAAGACAAGCUCUGUUACUUUGGCGACUAAGAAAGUAUAUUUUUAAACCUCCCACUUUGGGCUGGAUGUAUCAAUGUGUCGUUCAUACAUGUAGAAUCUAUCAGCAGAAUUACUGUUUCCCUACAUUUCACCCCCCUAGCAAUUUGAGUCUUAGCCAUUGAGCAUCAGCCCCUCACAUUUGAGUGGGAACUAGUGUGGUGGCAGAAUUAGUGUUGAAUUGUUGUAACUUCUCAAUGGAUAUGUUCUGUGUUGGACUGUGAUGUCAUGCCUUCCAUAGAGUCCUGGUAUGUCUGUACCUAAACACAAGGCCAUUGUGUUCUGGAACUGUUGCUGGUAUAAAUAACUGUUGCUAGUAUAAAUAACUGUUGCUGGUAUAAAUAACUGUUGCUGGUAUAAAUAACUGUUGCCGGUAUAAAUAACUGUUGCCGGUAUAAAUAACUGUUGCCGGUAUAAAUAACUGUUGCCGGUAUAAAGAACUGUUGCCGGUAUAAAGAACUGUUGCCGGUAUAAAGAACUGUUGUGUAACAAUAUGAUUGUAUUAUCACCUCUCACUAUAUAAGGGACAUGGAUCCAUUUACUCAGGGAGUUCUUCCCUGUGAAAUGAGAAUAAUCUCCCCUGCAGCUGCUUGAUUAAAGAUGCUUCUAUACAAUUAAAAA